AUGCUCCUUCAGCAACCUUUAACCUCAAUCGUCCGCUUCUGGAACCCCGAGUGCCUUUCGGGUCCCUAUUGGCAUAAUCUGCCCAAAGAUCAGACGGUCAAAACAGGGGCUGAGUGGACGCCGGAAGAAGACUAUCUGCGCAUGGAGAACGUCGCAUACGAGAUCGACACAGGCGCGAUCUCAGCAGGGCCCCUGCCUUUCCUAUGCUGGGCAGAUGCCAAGGCCUUGAGACAGGUCAUGCGCAAGUUCAAGCGACGCAAGCAGCUGCGCCGCGAUCGUAUUCUCAAGCGCUAUCUUCGGAGGUUCGAUCUCACCAUCAACACGGAAUGCCCGGAUUUUUGGCCGAUUGUCUGGUUUGAAGACCAUCCGGUACCUGUAAGGGAUUUUCGUCAGUUCUGUGAAACAAGGGAUGUCAAGUUGUUGAUAGCCGAUCCACGUUAA